AUGGCGUUCCAGCCAACCCCAAUGGAUGUGUCCGUCAUCAUCACCAAUGCGGCCUUGGGCAAGUCUGGGAGCUCCGAGCCCAGGUUCUUGACUGAGCGCCGAAUCACCCCAACCUGGACUAUCAUGCAGGUCAAGGGAAAGCUGGAGACCAUGACAGGUAUCCCACCCGGGAGCCAGCGUUUGCGGGUGAAGGUUCCUGGCCGACCUGAUCAAUGGGCCGAUAGAGAUGACCAGCUGAUUGGGGACUAUGGAUUAGUCAAAGGGACAGAAAUCGAGGUGAACGACAGUCGUCCCCCAACCAUGCGGGCCAAUUUCACCGAUUUGUCUAAUGUGGAGAAAUAUGUGCUGCCCACUGAUGCCUACGAGGCUCGCUCCGACUCCGUCCUAGCCUGGAAGAAGAACCAGAAGCUGGGGCGAUUCGACCCGAACGCUCUAUCGCCCGAAGAGUCCCUGCGCCACCAGGUGGAGAAAGACCAGACAGAGAUUCAAAAGCGAGACAUUGAGGUCUCGCGGCGGGCAAUUGUCUUGCCGUCGUCCCCACCGCACAUUCGUCGCGGAACAAUCCGCUUCGUGGGACCUGUUCCCAAGAUUCCAGUAACGGGCCCGGGCCGUGAGUUGCAACAAAGUGCGGACCUCCCUGCAGACCUUCAACCCAUCUGGGUUGGGAUUGAAUUGGACGAGCCGAUGGGCAAGAAUGAUGGGAGUGUGGGUGGCCAGCGCUUCUUCGAGUGCCUCAGCAACAAAGGUGUCUUUGUGAAGCCCGAGAAGGUCGAAGUUGGAGACUUCGCUCCCCUAGGACUAGACGAUGACCUGGAUGACUUGAUGGAAGAGAUCUGA